GGGAUGCACGGCACUUCCGGGUCUGGCCGUGCGGAGGAGAGGCGUUGUGUUGUGGGCGCAGCAUCCAGAGAUACAAAGAAGACGGCGACAAUGGCCGAUAUCUCACUGUAUCUCACUAACGUUAAUGUGUCGAUAGGACAGAGCAUGGAGAUGCAGCAGAGCCCUAACCUGGGUAGAAGCUUUGAGAGUGUGGAGCUGGGGGAGCUGGACAAGAGAGAGGAGCAGCAGCAGAGGGAGAAGGCUCCUCGCAGGAUCAUCCACUUCUCCAGCGGGGAGACCAUGGAGGAGUACAGCACCGACGAGGAGGAGGGAGAGGACAAGGAGCCGGAGAGGAAAGACCUGCUGUCCUCCUCUGUCGAUGCGGUGAGGUCAAAGUUGACCUGGGGUCCAUACGUCUGGUUUCACAUGUGGAGAGCUGCAACAUCCACCAUCUCAGCCUGUGACUACCUGGGGGAGAGGAUGGCCUCCCUCUUCGGGAUAACAUCAGCCAAAUAUCAGUACGCUAUCGAUGAAUACUACAGGAUGAAGAAAGAGAGGGAGGAAGAGAAAGAGGAAACCCGCCUGUCAGAAGAAGCAGAACACUCCUUCGACCAGCUGCAGUCUCAGGAAGAUGAAGAUGAACCAAUCACCAUGAGAGACCAGCCGGAGGAAGCCGCGGCUCACCCCGAAGUGAUCUAUCAGAUCGAGAAUGAAAAUCGGGCACCUCCGACCACCAUCAGGGUCCCCGCUAUCGUCACAGCGACCUAAAUAACCACCGUCAUGGACGUUUGAGCUGUAAUGUCUGUCUGUUCGUUAAAGAAGGAACACUGUCUUGUUUCACCAAGCACCGUUUGGUUUGUGUUCGUCAACACAGCUCUAGAUGGGCAGUGCUGCUGUAUUGUGGUUGUUCGGCGAGGACAGUAGUGGUGGAGUUACUCCGCUAACUGCUGAGUGUCCCUUUGCAACAGUGUAGCAAUUGUUAAAGUAACUGCUGGGUAAUGGAGCAACAUAUUUGGAUCUGUGGAUACAUUGAGUUAUAUUAUGAAAAACAUGCAAUAUGAGUGAGAAAAUGUUUUAUUAUGUGCCAAUUUAUCUGCCAAUGCAUAGUUUUGUUUACAUCGUCAGCUCAUUUAGCCGUUACGGUAGCACUUUCUAUGACACCCAUGUCUGUAACGCAUUAUAAACAUACUUAAAAUGUGUUAUAAUCUGCUAAUGGCACUUUAUAAUUAUAGUUAUAAGCACUCAUAAAUAUUCAUAAUGCUUUGUAACAAUAAUGCUAAGACAUUAUUGCCAGGGUUCUUGUGGAUCCUUAUCUAUAUAAAGCCAUUGAUCUAAAGAUAAGGCCUUAAUUGGUAUUAAAAUGUCUUCAAUCGAUCUUUUAAAAAGUCUUAAACAUGCUAAGAAAUGGGAAGUAGGAUUUUAUGAAUUAUGUUUUUUCCUGACGUCACAUUUAAAACAUUAUUUUUUUAAGUAAUUUAUCAAAUGCCUCUCACAUGUCGGUCACCCAGAUCGGUACAGCAGCGGCCAUUGUUCGCUUUAAGUAAAGUGAAGAAAUAUUGACACAGGUCAAAAUUAUUUUUACUUUACUUAAAGUAAGAGCACUUAGAGUAACGUAUAAUUACAUUAUAAUGCAUUAUAACAGUGAUAUAAUAAUUCAUUAUUAUAAUGUAUUACAGCUAUGUGAAUUAUAAUAAUCUAUGAUUGUUGCAACAACAAAAAGAUGAGCAACAAUUAUCAAGUAUUAUGAUACUUGACCUUAUAAGUCAUUAUAAAAUGAUUAAUAUUCUGUUGUGAUUAUUGUUGUACAGCGUUAUAUGUGCGAGUGCUUAUAAUUAUAAAGCGCUAUUAGUAUGUUAAGUCAUCCAGCAGCUGUUGCAUUAUCAGUUGCUACAGCAGCCUCCUGAAUUCGUCAGCUGUGGAUUGAAGGUUACAUGUUGCUCCCCUGUGCCUCUGAUCGACCGGACACUGUGCCUAAAUCACCAAUACAGCCAAGUCAGUGACAGAUCCGGACAAAGCAUAUAUUUAAAAAUUAUUUUUGAGUGUUUGAAGAUUUUAAAUAGCCUUUAAUUCACUGAGUACGUUGAGCUUUUGGUUAAAGUUUUUCAAAUAUUUGAAGCAUGUUUUUGUCCAGAUCGGGUCAAACUAGUGCGUUCUUGAAAGAGCUGGCCAACCCCCUCACACGUUCAUUUGCUCUCUGUGUUUUUGUAUUCAUGCUUAUUGAGCGUGUAUUGCACUCAAUGUCUGUGGAAGCACUGAGAAGAUUUAGCCUUGGUUAUCGAAUCAUCGGUGGACCACGAGACUGACAUUUAGUUUUGUUUGGUUGUUCUAUGUUGCUGUUAUUAUCUGCCUUCUCUACUAUGGACAUAGUGGAUGUGGUGUGUAAGCCUUUGAUAAUGGCAGGGAGCAUUGUUACACUAAGUCUGUACAAAGACAUGCAAACUUACAUUUUUAACUGUUUUUAGUACGACUUUUGAUAUUUAUGUAUUUAUUUUACUGAACUGACGGAGAACUUAAUUUAAGCAUAUUUUUUAUUGAUUUAGUAAGUAACACUGUAAUGAAAUGUUAAUAAAACAUAGUUAUUGUCCUA